GGCAAUGCUGUGUACUUCGCGCGCAAUUUUAUUCUCAUACAAAACAAAAUGUAAACAAUUCAAGCUAUUCAGCCUAUUUAGAGGGAAGAAAUCAAACAUAAAACAUGGGAAUUUCGGGCUUGAUUCCCUUCCUGGAGAAGGCGUCUAAGCCGGUAAAUAUUCGAAAUUUAAGAGGAACAUCAGUUGCAGUGGACAGCUACUGCUGGCUUCAUAAGGGCGUCUUUGCCUGUGCCGAGAAGCUGGUCAGGGGAGAAGAUACCGACAUUUACCUACAAUACUGCCUGAAAUAUGUCGAUAUGUUGCUGGAAAAUAAAAUUAAAAUUAUAAUGGUAUUUGACGGAAAUCAUCUUCCGGCAAAAGCCGAAACCGAACGCAGGAGAAGAGAGGCACGGCGGGAAAGUAAGAAAUUGGCCAAGGAAUAUCUUCGAAUGAAUGAAAUAGAAAAGGCUCGCUCACAUAUGAGAAGAGCUGUGGAUGUUACACAUGAAAUGGCUUUGAGACUAAUAAAAGCAUGCCGAGAGAGAGGUGUUGAAUGCAUUGUUGCUCCAUAUGAAGCGGAUGCACAAAUGGCAUGGCUUAACAUAAAAGGUCUGGCUGAAUAUAUCAUAACUGAAGAUUCUGAUUUGACGUUAUUUGGGGCGCUAAAGAUUCUAUUUAAACUUGAUCUUCAGGGAAGUGCACUCUUAGUGGAGAGCAGUAAGUUGCACUUGGCAAUGGAUUGCAAGCCUGAAAAAUACACUUUUGAUAAGUUUCGUAGAAUGUGUAUUUUAUCAGGAUGCGAUUACUUGGAUUCUUUACCGGGCAUUGGACUAAAAAAAGCUCUUAAAUUUAUGAUGACAACUGAAGAAGAUGAUAUGACUAGGGCUUUAAAGAAAUUGCCACAAUAUCUGAAAAUGAAACAACUGGAAGUUACCGAGGAAUACAUUCAAGAAUUUUUAAAGGCGGAAGCAACAUUCAAGCACAUGUACAUUUACAAUCCAUUGGAAAGGCGCAUGGAAAGGUUGCACGAUUUGGAAGAAUUUGGAACUGAUGAGAAAUACUGUAGUAAUGCUGGUACACUACUGGACGACCAUGAGAAGGCAUUUCAACUGGCUUUGGGUAAUUUGAAUCCAUUUACUUUAGAAAAAUUACACGAUUGGCAUCCCGACAAGGAAGAUUGGUCAAAUUCUUCUAAAAAACAAAAGAACUCAGGAAAACACAAAAGUAUAUGGGGUCACAAAUCAUCUACCGACGAAGACGACAAUAAGGAAUGUGUUAAAAAACAACUACCUUUUUUGCCAUUUAAAAAAAUUGAGUAUAAAUAUUUGGCUGAAACAGAAAUUGAAGAGCAAUUAGCUAUUGAGAAAUCCAAAUUGGAAGAGGCUGAGGUGUUUUCUAUGUACAGUUUUAAGAGAUUAAGUGGGAAGAGGAAGCGAGAACCUUCAGAGAGCGCUGAAGAUGAAAUAUAUGAAGAAACACCAAAAGAAAUUCCCCUAACACCCUCAAAGUCCCACAACCCUUUCGCAAUCAUAAAUAAUUCGAUAAAAGACAAGCCCAAGUCUCCUGUAUGUGCCAACAAAUCACUUUUAAAAUUGUUAAGUCCCAAAAAAUGUUCUACAGAAGAGCCCAGCAAUAAAGUGAAAAACAACAAUGUCAAGGUUGACAUCAAAUCGCGAUUUUUUGCACAAAACAUAAAGCAGGCUGUCAAGAAGCCAUUUGCUGCAAGAGACUUAACGCAGCAAAUGUCUCAAAUAGAGAAACAAUCACAACAUUCUUUGGCUAUGCAAAGUCGACUAUAUGCUGACGAGACAUCGCCGCAAAGUCAGAAAGAUUCUAAACGAAUAAUUAGAACUGAAUCAAUAACAAAAAUCGAGGAAACAAAAGAAACAAUACAAAAUCCACAAAACGAUCAGGAGUUGACAAUCGUGACAAAGGAGGAAAUUGUAGAGAUUUUGUCAGAUGUCGAGGAGGAAAACGUUAGUAGUAGUCAAUUAACAUCGGUCACGGUCCGUAUGUCAUCACAACUCUCUCAACGCUCAACGUCGAGCAGUCUGUCGAGUAGUCAAAAAAGCAUAGGACUUUCAAAACCAAAAAAACUACAAAAGUCCAGUAAAAAUCUAAAAGACAUAUCAAGUGAUUCUAAGCAGUCAACCUUAAGUAUGUUUGGUUUUCAGAAACGACCGACAUUAAAGAAGCUGUAAGUAGAAAAAUAAACUAAGUUAUUUUAUGUUAGGUUCAUUUCGUAAGCAAUAAAAUUAAAUGAUGUCUGAUAAUGUGCAAGUUAAUAUUAACAUGUAUAUUAUUAAGGACAUAAUUACGAAAUCUUGAAUAAAUAAAUAAAAAAAUAAAUAAAUGAAAAUAAUAAGAAAAUGAUAAACAUAAUAAUAAUAAUAAUAAUAAUAGUUAAAUUAUAAAUGAUUAUUCUGUGAAUGUUAUGAUAGGUAGGGUUUUAACUAAAAUUCCUGGUCCUUGAUUCCAUUCUAAACGGGAUAGUAAAAUGUCUUAACUGAAAGAAGUGCAUUAUUAUUAUCCUAUGAAGGCUAUGAUAGUUAAGGAAUUAACUAAAAAUAUUCUUUGAUUCCAUCCUAAAAAAAUUGCAAAAUAUUUAAUAAUUUGAACAGCAAUGGGCGCAAGUAGAAGAAUUGAAUAACGUACUUUGGCGAUUCUUAGUGCGUCAGGUGACACUCAACAAGUAUUGUGAUCUUUAUUUUGUUAUCAACGCUUCUUUAAUGUACUUUGAAGCAAAAACUAAUGCAUACCGUUGUAGAUACACAUAUCCAUAAUUUCUAAAAACACGACAUCUUAAAUAAAUAACAAAUAAAGUCAAUGAAAUCCAA